AUGUCUGAGCGAAAAGUCUUGAACAAAUACUUCCCUCCGGAUUUCGAUCCCGCUCUCAUUCCCCGGAGGAAGCAGCCCAAGAACUCGCAGCAGGUGGUUCGUCUUAUGGCUCCUUUUUCUAUGCGAUGCAACACAUGCGGUGAAUACAUCUACAAAGGGAAGAAGUUCAAUGCCCGGAAGGAGACCGUGGACGGAGAGGACUACUAUGGCAUCAAGAUUUUCCGCUUCUACAUAAAAUGCACUCUGUGCUCUGCAGAAAUCACAUUCAAAACGGAUCCAAAGAACACCGACUAUUCCGCUGAGCACGGUGCAUCGCGGAACUUUGAGCCAUGGCGAGAGGAGAAGGCAGUGGAAGAGGAAGACCGCUUGGCGAAGCUCGAGGAGGAGGAGAAUAACCCGAUGAAGGCGCUGGAGAACAGGACCGUCGACUCGAAGCGCGAGAUGGACAUCCUCGAUGCACUGCAAGACAUCCGAGCGCGCAAUGCACGUAACGAGAGGGUGGGACACUCCACGGACUUGUUGGACAAGAUCCACAUGGAAGAGAUCGAGACGGAGGAGGACCGGGAGCGCAGGCUACUGGAGGAGGAGGAUGAGAAGCUGGUGCGGGAGGUCUUUUCGAAGAUCCCUCUCCCAGAUGCGUCGGAGCCAAGUGGGUCGACAGCAAGCGGGGAAGGCGGGGCACAAGACUCGCCUGUGCCCGUUGUGACGAUGAAGCGGAAAGCGGAGGGGCAGGAGCCUGAUGUGCAGAGCCUGCUGCCCGAGGAGGCGAGGGCGUUGAUCUCGUCCAAGACGUUCAGCCAGCCGCCGGUCAAGAAGAAGAGAACAGACAUGAAGAACUCGCUCGGCAUCAAGAUCAAGAAGAACGGGGCGAGUGCUAAACCAAAGGUGGCGGUAUAG